AUGGUCCGUAAUAUACUGGAUGUCUAUUUGGUGUUGAUUUUGCUAACGAUCACGGCAGACAUUAUUCGGUCGCUAUCAUUCCCCCAGAUGUGGGAUCGAAGAGAUCGCAUCGAGCCUUGUUACCCGAAUACCUGCCAAUGGAUUCUGGGGCUAGACAAGUAUACAUCCUGGCGAGAUCAGUCCCGCGGCCUGCUGUGGAUUAAGGGGAGGCCGGGCGCAGGCAAAUCAACCCUGAUGGCCUUCCUGCAUGAGGAGCUUCGCAAAUCGCCAGACGCAAAGCUGCAGCGCACCCCCUCAGGAAUGUUUCGGUCGUUGCUGGUCCAAAUCUUGAAAUCGAAUACUACCGUACGCUCUGAACUUCGUGAGGCCUACCUGGAAAGAUGCCGGGUGUUCGGUACAGACCGUUGGGAGUGGCCACAAGGGCUAUUGGAAAAGUUGUUUCAACAAACCAUCCUCAGGUUGGCUACACAGCAGCAGGUGACGAUCUUCGUGGACGCCCUGGACGAGGCUGGGUCUGAUACCUUUCAACGGUUGGCAGACUAUUUCCAUCAGUUGAAUCAAGACGCAACGAAGAACGCAGCUAACGUCAAGAUAUGCAUCUCAUGUCGCCACUAUCCGAUUGUGGACAAAUUCCCAGCAAAGGAGAUCAUAGUUGAGGCACACAAUGACAAGGAUAUUGCCACUUAUAUCAAACAUCAUCUCGAUGAUAUGGUGGAUACGGACGGUCCUCACCAGGAGGAGUGGAAAGAUUUGAUGAAGGCGUUGAUCAAGCAAGCAAGGGGAGUAUUUCAAUGGGCCCAUAUCGUGAUGCCUCUGAUAAAGGAAGAGAUUGACGAUGGGAGGUCACCUAGGGAUAUUCGUCAUUGGUUACCCACUCCCACUGGUAAUUUAGAAGACAUGUACCAGUAUAUACUGGAGCGUGUGAUCAAGUCUAGAUAUCGAACGCAAGCGUUCCAGUUCUUUCAGUGGGCGGCCUUGGCCGAGCGACCCCUCACGGUGACGGAAAUGCGGUAUGCCAUGGCAGCGAACAAAAUUGACGCAACUCGACCGUCUGUCCAAUGGCAGGAGAUCAAUGAUUUUGUCGAGACCGACGAGAGCAUGCGGCGAAUGACCAAAACGCUUUCCGGCGGACUCGCGGAGGUGGUCAAGGGCCACGACAGUGGCGAGACAAUACAGUUUGUGCACAGGACAGUGAAAGAAUUCAUGCGGACGACAGGACUAGCCUAUUUGUCUAGCUUGAUCAAGACUGUGACACCUCUUGUCGAAAAGGAGACGAUUAUCCUUCAGUGCCAGGCAACGUUGUACCGGUCUUGUUUAUUCUAUCUUCUUGCAACGGUAAAGAUACCGUGCGAAAGCCUCCAAGAUACACCAUAUCAACGGAAGGUGGAGCUUCUCGAAAAAGUACCAUUCUCGAAUUACGCGACCAAGAACCUCUUGGUUCAUGCGAAAAGGGCUAUCGAAUUUCGCUCUUUCAGGCUAGAAAAGGAAAUCUCAAUUCUGCAGAAAGUGGUUGGGGGAUGGGUUGAGUUUUACCAGGCAUUUGGCUCACACGAGGCAGGAUGCCCACCAGCAGGGACUACGGUUCUGCACAUGGCAGCAACUGCCAAUAUGACGAACGUGGCAGCCGAGCUAGGGUGCAAAUUUGAGAGCCUCACCGCGGUGGAUAAGAAUGGGGACACACCCCUCCACUCAGCGGCGCGAUGGGGCCAUGUGGAGGUUGGCAACAUCCUGCUGGAGAAGGGAGCAAUGAUGAACACAACAUCCAGAGAUGGUGAGACGGCGUUGAUCAAGGCGGCAAGUCGAGGCCAUGUGGAGUUUGUGGAGUUGCUGCUGUUGAAUGGCGCUGAUAUCAAUGUGACGGCGAAUGGGGUUUGUGCCCUUUCAUUGUCGACACAAUACCGGCAUGAAGAUAUUAUGCAAUUGCUCCUUGGUUGCGGAGCCAAUGUCGAGACAGCACUGCAGGCCCUGAACCUAGCCGACGACCAAAUGUAUCUGAAGCAAUCUGCGUUGGAUUAUGCCGCUGCUGCAGGAAAUCAUCAUAUGGUGAAGGCUAUGAUCUCAGCAGGAGCCGAAGUCAACCAUGCGUCGAAAUCAGAUCUUAAGGUGCCGUUGCAUCUGGCAGCUGAAUCUGGCCAAAUCGACGUGGUCACGACAUUACUUGAUGCAAACGCAGACCCCACAAAGGAAGACAGCUUGUCUAGGACUGUUCUGUAUUAUGCUGGCCUUUCUGGUUCAACCUUAAUCGCUCAGACUCUCGAAACUGCACUCGGUCCCUACAUCAAAGGAUUCGAGCUUGGACUGUGUUACAGGGCUAACAACGGAGAACUUUCAGUGCACAAGGUCCAAAUAACCAAGAGAAUGAGCGACUACAUUCUAUUAUCUGACAUCCUUCACGCAUACAAGCAAAAGCGAUGUCAAGGACUGCGCCGAUAUUCUCUUAAGGGCCUGCAAGCUGUAAAGCCCAUCAAGUAUGAGCUUAUCUACCCAGAUUCCGACCAAACAGCUAUCACUGAAUGUUGCAUACCUCUGUCAAAGCUACUCGCGACAUGUGCUGGCCAAUCCCAUCUCCGCUCCAUUAUUAUGAGUCCCCCGGAAAGGAGUAAGACUCAAAACAUAUGGGUGGAGGUCCUCAUCCAAGAACUUUCCAAGGUGGACGGCUUUGGCCUUCUUUGUCUUGAGAGCUGGGUUAUGAAAAGGAUCGUACUCCUUGCUGUCACUUGUUUUGUGAUCGCUGGUUUAAUUGGUAUUCUGUGGGCGACGAUUUUAGAUAAGACCGCUGAUGGAUUUGCCAUCACGGGAUGUCUAAUUGCUGCCGAGGCCUUAGCCAUCAGUCUCGUGAUUUUUGAGGCUCAACUUCGACCGGCCAACUAG